GAGUCUCGCGGGCUGGACGUGCCAUUGACUCUAAAGUCCUGGUUUCUUUCACUGAGAUUUUGGACUAAAGGAUCAGAAUUUAUUGUGGAUGUGGGCUAAUCUAAUUUGAAUUCAGACACAGCUGGACCCUGGGAUACUGAACAAUGGUUCAAGGUGUUUCUGAGCUUGCUGCGAUGUUCACUGGCCUGAUUGGGCUGAUCGGCGCAGCGGCUACCACAGGGCUGCCCAUGUGGAAGGUAACCGCUUUCAUUGGAGCGGAUAUAAUUGUGAUGGAAACCCGCUGGGAGGGAUUGUGGAUGAACUGCUACCGACAGGCCAACAUCAGGAUGCAGUGCAAGGUGUACGACUCCCUGCUGUUUCUGCCCCCAGAGCUGCAGGCUGCCAGGGGUCUGAUGUGCUGUUCUGUGGCCUUGUCUGGACUGGGGCUCCUUGCGGGUCUGGCAGGGAUGCAGUGCAUUUCCUGUAUUCGGGGUAACGACCGGGCUAAGACUAUUAUCCUAAUGGUCGCUGGAGGUAUGCAGCUCGCAGCCAGCAUCUGCGUCUUUAUCCCCGUGUCGUGGACAGGUCACGUAAUCAUUACGGAUUUUUACAAUCCUUUGCUAAUUGACGCCCAGAAGAGGGAGCUAGGAGAGGCUCUCUACAUUGGUUGGGUGACCGGCGCCGUCCUUUUCGCCUCAGGCUUGUUGUUCCUCUGCCGCCGCGUGCCCUCAGACAAAGGCUCAUUUGACGUGUACCCACAGGCGAACUUACUCAGUUACAAGACAGUACCAAACAGAGCGAAUCUGAUGCCGUAUCGGCCCAUCUCAACCGCUUCCAGCCUUCAGUCAAGUUCAUACGGGAGUUCUCUGCAGCACAGCUCUAUUGGACACCUGUCAAAUGUGCCUCUGCAAAACGUUCCACAGGUGAUGACGAAUGAUGGGACCCUACUCAACCCGCCUGUUGUUUACAACUCAGGUCCGCCUGAAAAUACAUCACUGUUGUAUCAAAGCAGCAUGCCUCACCAAGCCUCGAUGCAGAGCUCUAAUCCCGGAAGCCUGUACGCUUCUGGAAACACCUUGUACGUGAGCCAGAACCCCACUCCUUAUUCAAUGUCUUAUAUAUCUGGCAACCCCACUGCGUCCUAUCAGUCCAGCUUCCAUCCAGUUGCACACAGUCCUAUUUUCAUAGGCUAUAAGGCGUCUAUAGCCCAUCCAGACUCUCACAGCGGGAGCGGUCGAGGUGUUUAUAUAUAAAGAAAAAUGCAGAGUGAAUUUUUUUGCAGCUAAUGAAUGAAGACACAAAGCACUGUGCUUUUAUACUCAAGGUAAUUAUGAAGAUGAAAUUGUGUUCAACUUCUUUCUACUGUCAACACAUUCUUAUUUGCAUUGUGAAAAAAAGACAUGGGUUGUGCCAGCUCCCGUUGUUAGAAUAAAUAAAGGCUAGCCCUGGCAUGAGUGUACAUAGUCAUAAUCAUCAUAACUGUAUGUUUGGCAUACUUGUAAUGAUCUGUUCAGUACAUUUCCUAAUGUGUCAGUUAUCGCUGCCUGUUUUUUUUUAUGUCCUUUAUUAUCAAGACGUCUCUGUCCAGUUGCUCAUGUGAUCAAAUAAAUUUAUCAAAAUUA